AUGAUUUUCCUCUUCUUUUUUUAUAUAUUUUUUACAAAAUGCAGACCUCCACCAAGGAUCAGACCACCGCCAUCUCCAUCACCAUCAGCAAAUCAGCAAGCAGUUAUUAUUUCUGGUUCAAUAAUUAUUAUCAUUAUCGUUAUAACUAGUAUAGUUGCAUCAGUUCUGUUUUUCCUAGUACCAAAGGGGUAUUGGAGUAAAUUAUGCCAGAAAAAAGAGCCUGAAUACGAAGAUGCCAACUCAGAUGAAAUAACUUCAAUGGAUCUUAGAACGAUUUAUAAAACAGAAUCUCUAGAUGUAUUUACAAUCACGAAAGAGGAUUUCUUACCCUUUAACAGGCAAAUUGUAAUUUCCCAAGACUUCGAAUACUUCUAUGCUGAUGAAGAAGAAUCAUCGGCUGGUGAUACCGCAUUAGACAAGCUUAAACCAGAUGAUGAUUCAUCAUCAUCCUCGCAUCCAUUAUCUUUGGUCUUAAUUCCAAACGAUUUAUAG